AUGACUUGUACUAGACCUGACAUAGCAUAUGCUGUUGGAAGGUUAAGUCGGUAUACUAGCAAUCCAAGUAAAGAACACCGGCACGCUGUGAAAAGAGUUUUAAAAUACUUAAAGGGAACAAUGAAUUAUUGUUUAACAUAUAGUGGAGACCCUUCUGUUUUGGAAGGAUACACAGAUGCUAUUUGGGUAACGUAUGUUGAAGAUCAUGCUUCCACAAGUGGAUGGAUCUUCAACCUUGGUGGAGGUGCAGUUUCUUGGGGUUCAAAGAAACAAACAUGCAUUGCCGACUCCACCAUGGCUGCAGAAUUUAUUGCAUUGGCUGCAGGGAGUAAAGAGGCAGAAUGGCUAAGAAAUUUAUUGUAUGACAUACCAGUUUGGCAAAAGCCAAUGGCGCAAAACAGAGAAGAAUCUUGCAGAUCCUUUGACGAAAGGUCUGACAAAGGAUAUGGUGUUGAAGACAUCAUUGGGGAUGGGACUCAAGCCCAUAUCUAA